UUGAGCUGAAGGCAAACCUCAACACGGAAGCCGUAGAAAGUGACAGUUUGUUGCAUCAGUUGCGCCGCCGCUCGAUUCUCCUUGGCGACGACACUUGGCUGAAUAUGUUUCCCGACGACGACGACGACACGACGCCGUGGAAGCGCACCCACGCCAGUCCGCCGUACAACAUCUCGGAUUUUGAAACGAAUGACAACAAUGUGACGAAAAAUAUACUGCCAACGCUUCUGUCGGAAACAUUGGAGAAGGCGCCGUCGGAUUACGCGAAGCUUAUCAUUGGCCACUACUUGGGUGUUGAUCACGUUGGCCAUCGUCAUCACGCCGACCACCCUGAAAUGGAUCGGGCACUUGCACGAAUCGACGCGAUGGUCCAUAAUUUGACGCACUUCAUGCGUCAUCAACGCAAAACGCGCAUGAGAACGUUGCUGCUUCUCUUUGGGGACCAUGGCAUGACAAACGCCGGUGAUCACGGCGGAGAUUCUUUUCAGGAGAUUGAGACGUUCCUGUACGCUGAACUGUUUGAUGGGAAUAACGCGUCAUCAUCAUCCCUACACGUCUCGGCGGAAGCAGCCGCGAAAUCUCUACGUCGACGCUCUGAGUUAACUGAGGACCGCUGGACCGAUGAGAUUGGCGAGGGAACGAUAAAGGAGAAGUCUUGCCGUAAUAUGGCCGGUGUACCUCCUCAAAAGCUGGGCGUGGCGCAGCAAACAGACCUGGCACCAACGAUCAGUAUUCUUUUGGGCGUUCCCAUCCCGUUUAGUAGUAUUGGCCGAGUCAUCCCGGAGAUCAUCACGCUUGCCGAUCCGGAUGCGGACUUGUACACAGUUGAGGCGUGUAACUGGCGGCAAUUAAUGAGUUUCUUCAAUCAGGCGGGAGUUCCAGUAAUGGAUGCGUGGAAAAAUAGGAGUUUAACUUGGCGGAAACGUAUUUCACUGAUGAGCCUUUUUGGACGCAAAUCACGGAACGAAAUGAAGCGGAGCGGUAUGUUUAUUGGAUCGUCUCUUUUCAUGGCGUCUGCUUUUUCGUGGUUCCGAAAUAAAGACGUUUUAGGGAUUAUUCGACGGGAGAGGCUUAUUGACACUUGGGCAUUGAUAAUAUUUCUAUUUCGUACGUGUGCCGUCUUUGCCAACAGUUUUAUUUUGAGGGAAGAUGUGGAAGUGCUUUCACUGCUACAGUUGCUUCUUCUGACAGCACUUCUUGCUACAACUCACAUGAGUGUUGCAAUGUUUCUUUUUGCUUUGCAGGUAUCUUUGCGGGUUAUGGUGCCCCUGCUUUACCGCAGUCGGUUGCAGAUAUCCCACACGGUUGCGAUGCCUUCUCUACUGGAGCAAUGGGUGGAAGCAAAUGCAGCUGGAAAGGAGUGGGAAUUUACGGGUCUUUUUUUGGGUGCCUUUGUUUUUUUAUGUGCCUCGUCGUGCACAUUGGAUCGCCUUUGGGUAGUGGCACAAAGUUUACUCAUGGUCGUAUGCCACAAUCAUUUUCCUUUGCACCACAUCGCGCCACUAAUUUCUUUUAUGCUAACUUUAUUUUCUCGCAAUGGUUCAGGGCUACGGUACAUGGUCAUUGUCUUGUGGGCAAGUUCGCUCUGUGGCGAAAAAUACUCUAUAGGCGCUGCUACUGCACUUUACGGGGCGGUGUUGCCGUCUGUUGUGCGGGCAACACAGCACCUUCCUGGAUUCUCGCAAGCGGUGUUGUUGCAUCUCUUUUCAUGGGUUGCCUUUUUCGCGCAGGGAAACCAGAGCCUCUUUAGCACCAUUGACUUUAAUGCAACGUUUGUGGGUAAUUCCUCCGACCAUAUCUUUUUUGGGGGUGUGCUGGUCACCGUGCGAACGCUGAACGCCUUUGCACUGGCUCCCAUGGCGGUUAUGCAUGUCUACAGGGCCCAACGAACACACGGGUGGCAUGUCUGCUACCUUUUGGUGUACUUGGCUGUGGUGCAGAGUGCCUUCUCUUCAUUCAACGGGUACAUUCAGAAGGCACAUUUGAUGUUGUUUUCCAUUUUCUGUCCCAAACUCAUUUUUGAUCUUUUGAUUUUUUUGGUGACGCUUAUUGGAUAUGCCGUCGCUUCUUGUAUAUAG